GUGGAGCUACGGCUGCCGAGGCCGAGCUCGUCCACACGGGGCAGCUUGCCAGCCCCAUCCCGAGCGGCAGCGGCCACCCGCCCGACAUGCCACCCGCUCCAGCCGAGGUGGCGGCCGCGCAGGCCACACACGCCGCCCAGCGGCAGCCCUGGGCGGGCGUGGACGGCAGCUCCGUGCGGGUGCUGGUGCAGAACACGUUCAUCAAGGUCGUCGCGGAGGACCACGGGUGCGCGCGCGUGCGGCGCGUCCGUUCGGCGCCCGCUGCGCCCGUGCCGAGCACGGUCGAGUGCGAGUUGGGCGCCCGGUGCGGCGCCGCGGAGGCGAGGCUGGACGCCCUCGACGCCGCGCUCGGGCCGUCGUGUCAGGCCGCUGUGCCCUUCGGCAACCGGUCCAGCGACGCCGAGGUUCUUGGGAACCGCACCACCAUGCUGCUGCGAAAUUUGCCGCCCAACUACACCCGCGAUCUCCUCCUGGAGCUACUGGACGCGCACGGCUUCUCGGGGCUCUACGAUUUCGUCUACGUGCCAUUCGAGUUCGGCUCCGGCACGACGUUCGGCUUCGCUUUCGUGAACCUCACUGGAUCCGAGAUUUGCGCACGCUUCAUGGACGUGUUCGAGGGCUUCUCCUCGUGGCAGGUGCCCUGCCAGAGCAAGUUGGUGGUGAGCUGGAGCUUUACACAGGGCUACGAAGCCCACAUCGACCGCUUCAGGAAUAGUCCCAUCAUGGACGAGGGCGUUCCGGACGGGUGCAAGCCCGCUGUGUUCGCGAGCGGGGCGCGCGUGGAGUUCCCGCCGCCCACCAAAAGGUUGCCGCUCAUCCGGCGGCAGCGGCGGCGCCCCAAGCCGAGCGCCCAAG